CUGGCGCGGGCUGGUUGAUCCACAUCCACCCCGCACGCACAGGAUCUUCUUGCUCACUGCUCAGGCAGCAUUCCCUCACUACAUCAUAUAGCAUCUCUCCCGGCCACAUUACCUUACUACAUCGUACGGUACGACAUGGGGGCGGGAUUGUUCGGAGGCAGCAGCAAGCAGAGCGGCCACGCGGUGUCGUUCCUCCUCGGCGCGGCGCUGCCCACUGCCCUACUCUUCUUCCUCGCGUCCGACCGCCUCGGCGAGGGCUUGUCCACCAUCUCCAGCAGCUGGCGGGGCAACGGGUCGAUAUCGACCGCGCAGCAGCCUGCCGCGGCAAAGCCGGCGACGACCGAUGCUCAUGCUCUGUCCGCCGCCGCCGCCGACGCCUCCGAUGCCCGUGCCGCGCCUACGCAAGAUCACGAGGUAGAGUUCGCGGGCCUUGCCGAGCUGCUGGCGAGAGUGGCGACGGAGGACAGGACGGUGAUCAUGACGUCGGUGAACGAGAUAUGGACGCGGCCCAACUCGCUGCUCGACAUCUUCCUCGGCGGCUUGAGGGGCGGCGAGGACACAGCGCACCUCGUCGACCACGUCCUCAUCGUCACCGUCGACGCCGGCUCCUUCAGCGGCUGCAAGGCCGUGCACCCGCACUGCUACCUCCUCGAGGUCAAGUCCAUGGACAUGAACAGGGCCAAGACGUUCGGGACCCCGGAGUACGUGGAGAUGAUCUGGCUCAAGCUCUCCAUCCAGCAGCGCGUCCUGGAGCUCGGCUACAACUUCCUCUUCACGGACGCCGACAUACUGUGGCUUCGCAACCCGUUCCAGCGCAUCUCCGUCUACGCCGACAUGAGCUGCUCGGUGGACAACUCCAAGAUGGCGCCGGCGCUCCUGGACUGCGAGAACAACGUCGGGUUCUACUACAUGAAGUCGACGAACCGGAGCGUCGAGAUGGUCAGGUACUGGCGGGCGGCGAGGGCGAGGUUCGACGGGAACCUGAUCGAGCAGGUGGUGUUCAACAAGAUCAAGUACGAGCUCAUCAGCAGGCUCGGGGCCAGGAUCCAGCCGCUGGAGACGGAGUACAUCAGCGGCUUCUGCGACUUCCAGGAUCAUUUCGACAAGGUCUGCACCGUGCACGCCAACUGCUGCAUGGGGCUGGAGAACAAGGUGCAUGACCUCAAGAGCGUCGCCGCGGAUUGGAGGAACUACACGAGCCUGACGCCGGAGCAGAGGAAGCUGCAGGAGGGGAGCUUCAAGGUGACGCCCCCGCGCAUGUGCCAGAAGUCCAUGGGAUGGGUCUGAACUCUGAAGGAGACCGGAGAUGCAUCAGAGACCGCGGAGUUUCAGGUUGAAAUGCAGUUCGAGCAUCCACCGCUGCGCCUGCGCGCACUAGUAAUGCGACCUCUCAGCUCUGAAUAACAUACACACACACGGUUGCUUGUUACUCCUGUAUGAUAAAAUGAAGGUGUCAUGCGACAGAGUUUUUUUUUAGAAACCUUUUGCAAAUUACUAGACGGGAGAGAGAGAAUGUUGCGAAGCAAUUGCCAAGCACGAGGACCCUUUGACUUAUUACUCUCGUUUCCAGAUCAAUAAACAGUCGUUGUACUGGGUGAUCUACCCUUAUUUUUCUUCA